UCGGGAAUCAGUUCUCGUUUAAACGCGACGCAGCGAGCAACAUGCAGCCGUUGCUCCUAGUACUGGCCCUCUGUGUGGCCCCAAUCUAUUCCCAUUCUUUGGGUUCUCGAAACGACUAUAACGAGGACUACGACGAGGAUAACAAAAACUCAUGGCAGCCCGAACCGUUGAAACCUGCCCCGUGGCAAGCCCAAGAAGCCGUUGUUCAAGCACCCGAGGUUGGACAGAUCUUUGGAAUUAAGGCCUUCAAAAACAUUGCCAAUCGUCCGAUCAAUGCCUUCCUGGGUGUGCGUUACGGCAAAGUUGGAGGUGGCUUGGCCCGCUUCCAGGCUGCCCAGCCUGCAGGCUAUCAGGGACGAGUUAAUGCUACCGUCCAGAGCCCCAACUGUGCCCAGUUUCCAGAACUUAAUCGCCUGAGGGAAGCUGAAUCCCGAGGCGAAAAUGUCGACGACUGCCUCACCCUGGAUAUCUACGCACCCGACCGCGCCAAUCAACUACCCGUGCUGGUCUUUGUUCACGGCGAAAUGCUAUUCGACGGUAGCUCUGAGGAGGCGCAACCAGACUACAUUCUGGAGAGGGAUGUACUGUUGGUGUCCAUUAACUACCGUCUGGCACCAUUCGGAUUCCUGAGCGCAUUGACCAAUGAACUUCCCGGAAACGUGGCCCUUUCGGAUAUACACUUGGCCCUGGAAUGGCUGCAACGCUAUCUGGUCCACUUUGGUGGUGACCCGGGACAGGUGACGCUGGUGGGCCAGGCUGGUGGUGCCACGUUGGCUCACGCUUUGACUCUCAGCGGUAAGGCCACCAAUCUCUUCCAGAAGCUAAUCCUGCAGUCAGGCACCGCCUUGAAUCCUUACCUGAUUGACAAUCAACCAAUUGACACCCUGAGAAUUUUCGCAAACUUCGCCCGCUGCCCACCUUUCCUUCCUAAUCAGCGCGGAUACGAGGUCCUUUACCAAUGCCUCGGCCAAUUGUCCACAUCCCAGCUGGUUGCCGCAUUUCAGCAACUGCUAGUGCAAAACGAGCGUCACGGCCUCACCCAACUGGGCGGGUUCAAGCUGGUGUUCGGUGACCCGCUGGGCUACUUGCCCAGCCAUCCAGCUACCCUUGUCCAGAACGGAAGCCUGGCUCUGCCCAUGAUUGUCGGUGCCACCAAAGAUGCCAGUGCCUUUAUCCUAUCACGCAUCUACGGCCAGAUCUCUAGUCUGCAGUCCAGCAAUGUGAGUGACUAUAUCGACGUGGUCCUAAAACAUACUGCGCCGCCCAGCGAACACCACACCUGGAAGCAGUGGGCUCUACGCGAGAUCUUCUCUCCGGAACUGGAGUAUACGGCCAGUCCGCAAACAGUGGCUAAUGGCCUGCUGGAGCUGAGCAACUACAUCCUGUAUCGUGCACCGGUUAUCAACUCCAUCAAACAUUCUUACGGCUCGACCCCUGCCUACCUGUACAUCUUUGACUAUCGCGGAGAGCACCAUCGGUUUGGACACCUAACGAACCCCCUUCCGUUCGCAAUCGACGCCUCUCUCAGUGAUGACAGCGUGUAUUUAUUCCCCUACCCUGCUGAAGCCAGUCGCCUGAAUCCCUUGGACAGAUCACUGUCCCGCGCUUUGGUCACCAUGUGGGUGGACUUCGCGAUAACUGGCGUGCCCAAUCCUAUUUCUGGUGUAUGGCCGCAGGCUACUUACGAGUAUGGUCCCUUCCUGCGCUUCACCAACUCUCGCCAAAACCCACUCGAAUUGGAACCGCACUUCGGUGAGGGUAAUUACUUGCCGAAUUACAGCCGAGUGAGUUAUAGGCCGGCCAUUAACAGAACAGUAAGUCGUCCCUGGUUCCCGGCUACCACAACAAGGACAACAACAACAACCACGACAACGACAACUAGCCGGCCCUACGUUUACAAUCCAUAUGCCAAUUGGCAAAACAGGCCCCAACAACCGUCUUGGCAUCCUGCGGACCCGGAAUACGUCCGAGCUCAGGAAGCCCGUCAGCAAGAGUUUAUCCGUGAAAGGGAGAAACUUAGGCGAGAGCAGCAGCAGCGAAACAAUCAGCGUCGUCCUCGGCCGGAUUCUCCUGAGGAGCAAGAAGAGCGAAUUCGGCAGGAAAGAGCACGGGAGCAGUAUGAACGAGAGCAGCGACAACGUGAGCAGUAUGCACGCGAACAGCGAGAGCGUGAGCGGCAAGAACAAGAGCAGCGAGAACGUGAGCAGCAAGAACGUGACCAACAAGAACGAGAUCGGCAGGAACGCGAACAGCAAGAACGUGAGGAACGCGAACGGGAGCAACGAGAACGAGAACAGGAUCCCGAAUAUAAUUCAGAAUCAGUAGAUCCAGAUUGGGACGAUCCUCAAGAAAGGGACGAUCAAUCACGAGAGCAACAAGAACGUGACGAACGAGAACGAGAGCAACAAGAACGCGAGCAACAAGAACGUGAGCAACAUAAACAAGAGCAACCAGAGCGAGACCAACAAGAACGAGACCAACAAGAGCUAGACCAACAAGAGCGAGAACAACAAGAGCGAGAGCAACAAUGGCGAGAACAACAAGAGCGAGAACAACAAGAACGAGACCAACAAGAACGAGAGCAACAAGAGCGAGAGCAACAAGAACGAGACCAACAAGAACGAGAGCAACAAGAACGAGAACAACAAGAACGAGACCAACAAGAACGAGAGCAACAAGAACGCGAGCAACAGGAAACCGGACGCAAACCAUAUCCCUCAUACGAACAAUUUAGUGAGGACAACGAAAAUCCUUCCGAAUCGGAUAACAGGCCUUACUUCAACGAGGAGCAAGAACGUGAGCAACAACUGCAGGAGCAACUGCGUCGAGAGCAGCAGGAGCAGCAAGAGCGCGGACAGCAAGAGCGGCAGCAACAGGAAAGCAAUCAGGAGAAUGAGCCAAGUGAUAAUCCUGAAAACUACCCUAGCUAUGAGGAGUAUAUAAAAGCCCAAGAUCGCUUAUACGCUGAAGAGCAGGAACGCGAGCGGCAGCAACAGGAGCGAUUGCAUCAAGAGCGGCACCAGAAUCCGGUCCCAAGUCAAACUGAUCAAUGGGUGCCUUAUCCCGAGGAACAUGACCGCAGUUAUUACGAAGAACAGGAACCCGAUCGGGCUGAGCAGGAAAGAGAUGAACAGCCUGAAGAGGAUCAAGAAGACGACGUGGGAGCAGAGCAAGGCGGUCUAAGGGUCGAGGACUUCCCAAGCUAUGAGGCUUACGUGGAAGCCGCAACCAAGAUUCGCCAAGAACAGGAAGAACAAGAAAGGUUGGAAGAGGAACGUUAUAGGGCCGAACAGGAGGAGGCAGACCGAAUCGAGGCAGAGAGGAGCCAUAACGCCUAAAAACGCAUCCGCAACAUAUUGUUCUCCUGCAGAUACUAUAAGAUGAAUUCAUCUUCCAUAGCAAGUUUAAUAUUUCAAAAUAAACAAAUAAUAUUUCAAAAUUAA